GGAUCAAAAGUAGAUUAGAUUAGAUGAUAUCUCCUCUUUGCUGGCUUUUUCUGUUUAACACGACUAUCUUCUGCUAUCUGUGAGUUUCUCCAGCUGAUGUUCAGAACUUGCGCAGGUCAGCAGCCCAGUGUGUAAUUAAUAUAAUGUGGUAUCACGGGUCGCUGACUCGCUGUCAACUUACUGCCAUUAGCAGCUCGGAAUUAUACCACGCCCGUGGUUUCUGCCAACCACGAGACCAAUGGAAGGUCUUCUUUUCAGCGCCGGAGGAGCGCUGGGGUUCAAUGGUUGUAUAAAAACACCAACGUUGGCUGACCAUCGUUUGUCAAAAGAGCCCCAACCAUGGCAUCUACCCCACAUGAGCACCACACCUCGCCCCCCAAUCUCUCCUUCGCAAUCAUCCUCCUCCCAGGUUACCAAUGGCUCGAUGUCGCCGGGCCAAUCGACUAUCUGAACAACCACAGCCAAGCGAAGCUGCGCGCAAUAAACUCUGAUCCAGCACUUGUCGCAAAGGCGCCCAUUCUGACGUGGUACUACGUCGCGUCCACGCUCGACCCCAUUUCCGCGUCCUCUGGGCCAAAGCAAACACCCACGCACACAUUCGCUACUUGUCCACAUGUCGAUUACGUCUUCAUGCCUGGAAAUGAAAUCCCCUACGCCGUCCCGCCCGAGUUCACAGAGUUCGUGCAGACGCGAUUCGCAGACCCCAAAGUCAGGUUUUUGACAGUAUGCACGGGAAGCCUUCUCCUAGCUCCCACGGGCAUCCUGAACCACCUCCGCGUAGCGUCGAACAAGAGGGGGUUGAAAUUCCUCGCGCAGUCUGGACAGCUGGACCACAAGGUACACUGGGUGGGGGAUCGGCGGUGGGUGAAGGACGGGAAGGUAUGGAGCGCGGCUGGGAUAACGAGUGGUAUCGAUCUAGCUGCUGAGUUUGCGAGGGUUUAUUUUGAUAAAGAUGUGGUUGAGGAUGCAAAGGAGAUCGCGGAGGAGGUGCCCAAGCCUGAUACGCCAGAUCCGUAUGCGUGGAUUUUGAAGGGGAUUGAUUUGGGGUAUGGGGAUCACCAUCCUCAUAAAAAGUAGCCCUUGCAAAACGGUGAGGGUGAAGCCGUAGUAAGUAUAAGUACAAAGAUAUCAUCAUGUAAAGUUACCUUGACUGGACAGAUUGAGACCGAAUGCAAUGGACUCUUGGCAUC